AUGGCCGCGUCGGCAAAUGCAGUAUUGUCCAAAGGGGCUCCUCGUCCGCCAUCAUCACAACAACAACAACAACCGCCCGCACAAGACAACUCUCCCGCCGCCUCAUCAACCUCCGCCACGACCACGGCAACCGGCCUGACGACAUCGGUGCCCGCACCCAAGCGUCAACGCGUCUCUCGUGCUUGCGACCAGUGCCGGGCGAUGCGCGAAAAGUGCGAUGGUGCACAGCCGCAGUGCUCCUCGUGUGUCGCCCAGCGCCGCGCCUGCACCUACAAGACCAGCCCCAAAAAACGCGGUGUCCAGACGGGUUACAUCCGCACGCUCGAAUUGACUCUGUCGUCCCUGCUGGACGAGGUGCCGGGAUGCGCUGACGCGUUGGACGGCCUGUUUGGCCGGCGCGGCGGCGACGCUGCACGGCGUCUGUUCAACCCCGAGGCCGGCGCGGCGGGUAACCAGCAGCAGCAGCAACAGGACCUGGAGAGGCACAACCGCCUCCACCGGCGGUGGCACAAGAGCCGCGCACGGCGCGAGAUCGACCGGCUGCUGUCGACGGACGGCUUCAGCGCCACUGUGGCACGGCCCGUGUCCGACGACAGGGCCGGCUCCGACGACGACACCUCCCCAGAGGGCCCAGGGAGAGCUCCCGAUACACUGUCCGGGGAGCCUGCUGCAUCCGCCAUAGCAUGGUCCCCGUCUGAAAACACCAUCCCCUCACCGCGGUCCGGCACAGGUGGCCACACCGACGACGUACACUGCAACUCUCGUGUACCACUCCCACCGAACCACUGGCAACUUCUGGACGUGUACUUUUCCUACACCCACUGCUGGUUCCCCAUCCUCGAGCGCCAGGACCUGCUCAAGGCCGUCUACCAGUACGAGCGCGAGCUGGGUGAGCCAGCGUCGGCGCCGACUGCAUCAGCCACUCCGUCGUCUCCGUCGGCCGCCACUGCCGAGCUCUGGAGCGUCCUGGCCCUUGCCUCUUUUCAGAAUGCGGCGUCGCGAAGUCGACAACAGGCCGAUCCAAACACAGCAACACCAACAGCAACGUCAACAGCCACACCUUCCACAAUACACUGCGACCCGUCGCUCGCAUGGCCGCCACAUCGUAUCUACAACGUCGCCCGCCAAAUGAUCCCGCUCGACGACGGACCCUUUGAGAUCCCCCAUGCGCGCGCUCUCUUGCUGCUGGCCCUGAUCAACGUCGGCCGACGCCGGCAUACAGCCGCACGCGUGCUUGUGGCCCUGUCACGACAGAUUGUGCAGGACGCCGACUGCCUAUCCCGAGUCGGCGAGAAUAGCCCCAUGGCCAUCCGUCGACGCAUUGUCGAUGCAGUCACGACUCUGCCAGAAGACGGCCUCGAUGAGUGGCAGCCAUGGGUACCUUGUGCCGGAUUUGGCCUUGAAGACGGCGGGGCCACAUCAGAGCGCAGUCCGGCGUACUCCUUGACGACAUUCAACCAGCUGCAUGAUCUUUUUACCUGUAUGCAGCACCAGCAAACGAACCUCUCCCAGGCACCCUCGCCCUCUGACUACAACGAUGUGGUUGCAGCGACGGCGGCAGGGACGAACGACAACCCCCACGGCGAUGCCCUGGACCGCGUAAUACGACCCGAUGUGCCCUUCUCGGCCUUUGUGCGGUCGACCGACCGAGCAUUUGCCGCCGUCCCGUCGGCCUAUAUCCUCCGCAUCACCUUUAUUUGGAUGCACAUAUUAUUGCCACUAUUCUCCGGCCCCCCCAACGUCAAUGGAAGCAUCGAUUCUGCCCGUGCCCAUCUCUUGGCCGAUGUCCUCGAGCAGUUUGUUGCCCGUUUCGGAUCUGCUGGCGCACCGCCCACGCUGGUGCCGUGUGUCUUGACCGUUGUCGAGCAUCCAUUGUUUCAGCAGCUGCCGUCUCUCCUGCAGCAGCGAUUUUGCGCCUUGAGAGAUGCUUUUGUGGCGGUUUGGCAGCAUACUGCGACAUCGCAACAGCAGUCGCAAAAACAGCUGCCUGCAGUGGCAAAUGCUACCACUCCACGGCCCAGCGCAAUGCUGCGGCAGAAGCUGGCACCUUCGGGACAAGGAAUCCCCGGAGCAACUAUGACCACGGCAAACAAUGCACCUGUUGUUUAUCAAUCUGCGAGCCCUGAAGCUGCAGCUGUGCGUCCGCAGCAUCAGAAGCAUCAGCAUCAGCAGCAACAGCAACCACCAACGGCACGUCAUCAUAGGCUGUCCUUUUUGGAGACAUCCCCGCAAGCAGUGCAGGCACCUCAACAACAGCCGCCGCAGCCACAAGAUGUAAACAUCAACAAUGGAAACGGACCGUCGCCUGCUUUUGGCUUCCCUCCCCUGUCGACCUCGUCACCGACUGCCGUCACUGCUGCUGCUGCUGCUGCUGCUAAUGCCGCUAAUGUCGCCCCGACGUAUCCCAUGACGGGUUCGUCCUACAGUGCGGUUGGCGGACCAGACAAUAUGGCCGUCGAUAACUUUGACGGCGCUUUUCACGGGCCGCCCGGUGCCAGUGGUGGCACGCUCGACUAUGAAGCACUACUAGACGACCUGUCGGCGGUUGACUAUCUGGACCGACUGGACACUGAUAUUGGCUCGCAGUUUAUGGCCAACCUGGGCUUUGCGCCGGGCAUAGACAACAAUUUGGGCGCCAUGAUGGGCGAGUUUGGUGGCUUGUAG